AUGUUGGUGCCCUUGCAUAAUAAGCCCCAGCCAGAAGUUGAGCAUCUCGGCGACAAGAGGCUCGGCUCGUCGCGGCAACCCAUGCACAAUGCCCGUGGCGACCGCGUUCGGCCGCCGUCGCGGCGUGUGCCCCUAAGUUUUGCAUCAGUGUGCUUUGUGACAUCGGCUGUAUUGCGUUUUUUCGCCGACGGCUUACUACCACAAUGGGGGGGAUCUGCGUUCGCUACCUUCGUUCUCGAUGCGCCUUUGUACGGCGCACGUUGGAUAGCACUUUUUCAGACGGCGGGACAUCUUGGUGUCUUGGUGCUAGCGGGAUGGCGGGACCUCAUCAUUGUGAUCAGUGAUGUAUGCUUUGCUGCUUGGAUUGAUAAAACAUGGGCUGAGGCUUCCAUACAAGAACGAACUUCAAUUUGGCUCUACCACCAUCGGUGCUUGGCUGGCGCCUGCCGAAUGACUCGUCGCAGAGUUUGCUUGCCUGUGUCUGCAAGAACCUUCAUGCGUGACCUGCGACAGAAAGCAUUUGUGGGCAGCCAGUGCUCUCCUACAAAGACUGGCCUGCUCUGGCUGCGACAGCAAUCGUCUCGAAGAUCUAUGCAUGGCCACCUUUGCUGCUAUUUGUCACUCUUGUUAAUUACACUUUCUGCAUCUUUUCUCAUUUAUUAGGUAAUAAAGUUUGACUGUGUG